AUGGGGAGGCUCACCGAUGAACCACUGUGUAUAGGUUUUGAAGUGGAGUUGAUCGUCACCCCAAUAAUGGAUCGUCUCCGAGCCAGUGAUUCAGGCAUAGGAGCCGGACCAUCGGUUCCUGGAAGUUGUGGAAAGACUUCUCGAGCGUCUGCCUUUGGACCUUUGGAGGUAGAAAACCCAUUGGAUCCAGAGGAAGGGGGAAAGCAGGCGUAUCGGGGUUGGAUUGUCCGUGGGGAUCCGUCGUUGAGGCCGUCAUCACCAGAACAAGUGGGUUUUGAAUUCUCAUCGCCAAUUUUUCGAGCGCGGGACGCCCUCUGGUUCGAGCAGAUAGAGAGCAUAUUCACGUCAUUGCCAGAUUACUUCGAGAUCGUCCCUUCAGAGAGAUGCGGGACGCACAUUCAUAUCAAGCCCGAAGGAGGACCAUCGAGAAAAAGCAACGAAUUCUGUGCGGACAAUCGCGGAGGUCGACAUGUCGAGGAUAUGAGCGGCGGAGACCUUCGAUUCGUCUUAGGCCGCAUUGAAAGGAAAAAGAAAAUCAAUACUCUCGUUGAGUACAUGUGCCCUGGGCCAGAGAAGGGGCCGCCAGAGCGCAACUACGUUUGGAACCUGACCCAUGUCGAUGUUCGCCGGUCAUGUGGGACUGUCGAAUUCAGGGGAGCAGGAAUGAGCGGGUCAAAAGGCGAGGUGGAAAAAUGGGUUACAUUCGUAGUCGGGUUUGUAAGGAGCGCGAAUCUCGCGGAGGGCAACUCCUACGACCCGUAUGCGGACACAGAUCCAACCCGACGUGAUCUGCUCGACUUUGUUAGAGGCGGGAUUCUUCCUCCAGCACGCCGAAGUCUCCGUCGUUUCAAAUCAGAUUCACAGGAAUAA